AUCCCCCCCGCCCUCCAUUCCCUGCUCGGUUUCUUCUUCUUCUGUCUAUCCGCGGUCCAGAUCGCUCCAUUCCUACGGCUUUCUUUCUUUCUUUCACUUUUGCGCUUUGGCCCUGGGACGCUUUUAAAAUGCCCCCCUCCUUUUACCCCCUCUCCCUGAUUCGCCAGUCGCCAGUGAAUGUCCCUCUUUUUUGUCUCCCUUUCCACUCCCUCCUCUCUCUCUCUCUCUCUCUCUCUCUCGCUCUGCUUCUCUCUCACUGCCUCUUUCUCUCUCGCUCCCCCAUCUCUGAUUAGAUAUACUGAUUCCUCCUUUCAAUGGACGUCAUUUAAGCACAGACUCCUGCCUUGAGUUGCGUCCUCCACUUCACGCCAGAUUUCCGACUAUUCUUUCCUUAUUAUUAAGUGUUCCUGUAAUAUUAACAGCCAUGAAUGCGCUCCACUAGGAGUCCAGGAGGGAGGACGAAGAAGCGACUCUCCUUUUUUUUCUUCUUCUUCUUCUUCUUCUUCUUGCUAAUAUGAGCUCGCGCGAGGGGGACGGUGUAGCACUGUGAUAGAAGCCGGAGUAACUCGCAGAGCCCCGAUCCACCAGCACCGCCGAAUAACAUCUGCAAUUCUUCUUCUUCUUCUUCUUUUUUUUUUUUUUUUUUAAUUUUUUUUUUUAUUUUUAAAGACGCAAAUGACGAGCGGCUCGGAUCUUACCACACCUUUCUGAUGGAUUAUCGUGCUGCUUUUGAGACGCAUAUCUGAUCCUGCGGGGAGAGAAGAGUCUUUUCUGGGGGGCCUAUAUAUAUAUAUAAUUUUUUUUUUUUUCCACCCUUGUGUCGCCCCCCUCCCCGAACCCUCUCUCCCUCUCCUCUUCAAACACUACGAGUGUUCGUGUCUUUUUUUUUUUUUUUUUUUCUUAAAGAAACAUUUUUUUUCUUUUGCCAAAUCGCACCAAAAAAUCCGUACAGAUGUUAGUGCACAGUUUUUCCGCGAUGGACCGCCACGAUGGCACCAGCAACGGGACAGCCAGGUUACCUCAGCUGGGCGGCGUGGGUCAGAGUCCCUACACGAGCGCCCCUCCGCUCUCCCACACGCCGAACUCGGACUUCCAGCCCCCGUAUUUCCCCCCACCCUACCAGCCCAUCUACCCGCAGUCUCAGGACCCGUACUCGCACGUCAACGACCCGUACUCCCUGAACUCGCUGCACGCCCAGCCGCAGUCGCAGCACCCGGGCUGGCCGGGCCAGAGGCAGGGCCAGGAGAGCGGCCUGCUGCACCAGCACCGCAGCCUGCCCCACCAACUGUGCCGGGAGUACCGCAGGGAGGUGCUGCUACCGUCCGGCCACGGCAUCGACACGGGACUGUCGGACUCUAUCCCCAUCCAUGGAAUACCUCACCCUUUAGAUGACGUUCAGCCUGUUGAGGAUCAAGGAAUACACAUUCCCGACCAGACUGUAAUUAAAAAAGGUCCCGUGUCUUUAUCCAAGAACAACAGCGUCUCCGCCAUCCCCGUAAAUAAGGACGGUCUUUUCGGAGGAGUGGUCAACCCGAACGAGGUGUUCUGCUCGGUUCCGGGUCGCCUGUCCCUCCUCAGCUCCACUUCAAAGUACAAGGUCACGGUGGCUGAGGUGCAGAGACGCCUCUCGCCACCCGAAUGCCUCAACGCCUCUCUGCUGGGCGGGGUGCUGAGAAGGGCCAAGUCUAAGAACGGAGGUAGAUCCUUAAGGGAGAAGUUGGAUAAAAUCGGUUUGAAUCUACCUGCGGGCAGACGUAAAGCUGCCAACGUCACCUUGCUGACGUCACUAGUCGAAGGCGAAGCGGUGCAUCUUGCCAGGGACUUUGGUUAUGUGUGCGAGACUGAGUUUCCAGCCAAGGCAGUAGCUGAAUAUGUAAACCGUCAGCAUUCCGACCCAAACGAACAAGUCCAAAGAAAAAACAUGCUGUUGGCCACGAAGCAAGUUUGCAAAGAGUUCACAGACCUGCUGUCCCAAGACCGCUCGCCCCUGGGGAACUCCCGGCCGCAGCCCAUCCUCGAACCGGGAAUCCAAAGCUGUUUGACCCACUUUAGUCUCAUUUCGCACGGUUUCGGGACCCCGGCGCUGUGCGCGGCUGUCACGGCCCUCCAGAACUAUCUGACCGAGGCCAUUAAAGCCAUGGACAAAAUGUACCUCAACAACAACCCCAACAGUCACUCAGAUAACGGCUCUAAAGGCGGGGACAAAGAUGAGAAGCACAGAAAGUGAUGUUUCCUCUUCACCUCACCUUUCUGCCCGAGGGGGCCAAAAUGCCAGGGGCCCUUCAUCUGCACCGACCUACACAGUCUCCCCUCGCCCCGCCCCCUAACCAUCCAAUAUAAAUAUUAUAAAUACCUUAUAAAUAUUAUUGAUAAAGUUAAACGUGCCACUUCCUGAUCUGAUCUUGCGCCGAUUUUACAUGUCUCUUGUUUUUACAUCCCACUUUGGAUUCAAACGGGAAGCGACGCAAAGAAUCUUCUUCUCCUCUUCCUCCUCCUCCUUCUUCUUCUUCUUCUUCUUCCAACACCUGGACGAUAUGAAACGUUAUUUAAAAAAAAAGAAAAAAAAAGAAAAAAGAAAAAAAAAACGAAGAAAAAAAAUACGAAAAGAGGAAAAGAAGCUGCAGAGGAACAGCUCCAGGGCGAGGGGAAAGGUGGGCUGCCUCAGCCAGAAGACUUUUUAUGUACCACCACCCCUCCUGGUUUUUUUUCUUUUUUUUUUUUUUUUUAUGAGCUGCAACGAAUGGACUGAAAUCCAGCGACCCCUUCUCUAUAUCUCACUUUUACGAUUGUGACGAGAGAGGGAAAAAAAAACACAACAAAAUAAAAACGAAGCUAAAAAAGGAUGAAUUCUUAUCAGUAUUGUGAAUAAUAAACUUGAAAAGGCAAAGAGAAAAUCCACAGCUCUCCAUGUCAUGACUUCAGUUGUAGACUCCCCUCUCUUUCUCUCUUUCUCUCUUUCUCCGAGCGACCAACUUGAACUAUUUUUUUUUUGUUUGUUUGUUUUUUGUUUUGAAUUUCAACACGAUUCGCGGUUAUAUAAGGGAAUCGGUGUUUAUGUAUGUAUAUAUUUAUUUAUGUGUAAUUUAAUGGGAAUUGUAAAUAUGGUGCGUCUGUUGCAACUUCUUUUUUUUUUUAUUUAUCUGGUGCCUCCUGUUUUAGUGGGUUUUGAAUAUUCGGUUAGUUCUUCAUGUGAUUUUAUGGUUCUAGAAAAACAGAAGUUUUGGGGUAAUUUUUUAUUAUUAUUAUUAUUAAUUAUUAUUAUUAUUAUUAUUAUUAUUUUAUUUCUCUGGGAUAUUUCAAUUUAAGCCCUCUUGUAGCAUGUUGAGGUGACACUGAAGCAAGUGAACAAAUUUUAAUAGAAAUAAACUUCCAAUUUCUCUCAAUAUAUAUCAACCUAUUCAGUUCUUCUUCUUCUUCUUCUUCUGUUUUUUUUUUUAUUUGACCCCGAGGAAAGAAGAAAAAAAAAAAUCUUUAUUUUGUGUGUCUAAUUUGCGUUUUUAUACAAGCUUCUAUGUGUUGUGCCAAUCAGAAUACGUUUCACCUCUUGUUCUCUUCUUGAAGCACCAUAAAAGCAAUAAAUUGAAUAUUGUCUUUUUCCUCCUCCUCCCCCCGCCCCCUCCCCCGGUGUUCGAAAAGACAUUCAGAAACAUUUUUCUUUUAUUAUUUCUUGGGACCACCUGCUAUCUUGUUAUAUGUCCGAUUAUGUCCAAAAUUGGAGGCGGUUUUAGCUGUAUUGUAUAGACAUGUGCUGGCAAUAGUUCCUAUGCCUGUCAAUGUAUUAUAGUCCUUUGUUGCCCAGAAAAAAAUAAAUAUUUGAUACGCUUCA